CGAAGACGCGACGCUGCAUGUUCGAGACGGCAGCGAAGGUUGAGCCUGCGCUGUUUGAUCGCUCGCAGUUAUCCAGGUACACUGAUACGAGGUACUCGGGGUACUCGGUCUAUCGGGAGAUUAUACCGAUGGAUAAGCUACUGGCGCGCUGCCCGGACCAUCCAGUCAGGGAUGCACUGUGCCUUUUUUGCGGAAAGGGUAAAAACCUAGUCGGGUAUACCAUCAAUAACGGGGCGAUGCUCAACUUUGCUGGUGUUGUUUACCACUCAGCCCUCGUAGGGACGGACUUUCCGGGGCUGGACCGGCACUGGGUUGAGGACGUGCCCAAAGAGGAGCUAUCCGACCUUUUCUGCGAUUUCGAGCCCCUCGCACGCGCGUGCAUCGAUCUAUGCGAGAAGCCAAGUGGAUGGGCAGUCCACGUCAUGGCCAAGUUGCCCUUCUGGACGCGUGGGCACGUAGCGAUCAUGGGUGACGCUGCUCACGCAGCGACAUUCCACCUCGGCGCGGGCGCAGGCCAAGCCAUCGAGGACGCCUGGCUCCUCGGGCGCCUGCUCGCACACCCGCGCACAACGCUCGCGGAUGUCCCUCGUGCGCUCAAGAUUUUUGAGGGGAUCUGCAAGCCGAAUGCGGAGCGCGUCGCGGAUAAGAGCAUGGAGACCGGGCUGAUGUUUGGCUUUUACACCGCGGACCCGCUUCUCCACGCAGGCGAGGAUGAACGCAGUCCGGCGGCACUCGAACGCCGCAAGGAGAAGGUUAUACGGGCUCGGCGGGCGGUUACUGAGGCAGAGGAUCCGUUGAAACAGUGGGAGAGAGCGGAAGAGUUUCUGUUAAAGGUCUGAGUGACAUUCUCUGCUUGGUAUACUGUAUUUUAUCAGUCUGCAUUCGUUGCAGGGCUGAGGUGGUUG